ACAAUGGCCUCCACUGGUUUGCUGCUCCUGGCCCUCUGCUCCUCCAUCUCCAUCACAGAGGCGGUUCUCUUUGGUGAGCCAAGAAUUUAUGGAGAUGAUGCGACCGGUUAUGGUCCCAUCUUUGAGGAGGAGCCGGUGGAUGUGGUUUACACUGAGGACUCACCCGACAAGAGAAUCUCCAUGAACUGCAGGGCUCGGUCAAACCCACCAGCUUCAUACAGGUGGCGUCGUGAUAACUGGGAGAUCAAGCUGAUGGAGCAGCCAGAUGAGUUCUACAGCCUGGUGGGGGGGAACCUGGUCAUCACCAACCCCAAACAGAAGAAGCACUCUGGCACGUACAUCUGCGUGGCCAAGAACAUCUACGGCACCGUCAUUAGCAAGGAGGCUAGGGUCAAGUUCGGAUUUUUGGAGGAGUUUCCUGAUGAGGAGAGAGAUCCAGUUUACGUCAAAGAAGGACAGGGAGCAGUUCUGCUGUGUGUACCUCCAAAGGCCUGGCCCGAGGCGGUGACCUACCGCUGGAUCUUCAACGAGUUCCCAGUUUUCCUGAACACAGAUCGCCGCCGAUUCGUCUCCCAGCGGACGGGGAACCUGUACAUCUCCAAGGUGGAGGCUCAGGAUGUAGGAAACUACUCCUGCUACGUUUCCAGUCCCAUCAUCGGGCAGAGUGUCUUCUCCAAGUUCAUCCCCCUCAUCCCCUCACCCCCCGAUGAGGGGGAGGAAAGGAAGUACCCUGCAGACAUCAGGGUGAAGUUCCCAGAUACUACUGCCAUGUUGGCCUCUAAUAUUACAUUGGAGUGCUUUGCCCUGGGAAAUCCCAUCCCUUAUAUUGUUUGGAGGAAGGUGGACGCCACAGACCUCCCCGCAAAUCACGAGAUCAGUGAAUCCGGAGCCGCUCUUCAUUUGUACAAUGUGCAGUACGAGGAUGUGGGAGCAUACGAGUGCGAAGCCAUCAACACCAAAGGGAAGGACUGGCACAAGUCCUGGCUCUAUGUGGAGGCUGCCCCCGAGUGGGCUGAGACCCUCAACAACACUCAGAUCGACAUCGGCUCCGAACACACCAUGCGCUGUGUGGCCUCAGGGAAGCCCUACCCUUUCAUCCGCUGGUACAAAGACGGAUAUAUGUAUGGUAAAGGUGAGCUGAAGUUUUCAAGUCUGACUUUUGAUGACUCUGGGAUGUACCAGUGUCUUGCUGAGAAUUACUGGGGCAUCAAAUAUGCCAAUGCCGAGCUGAGAGUCAUCGCCUGCGCUCCCACAUUUGAGUUUAAUCCUGUAAAGAAGCAGCUUCUUGGCGCCAGAGACGGACGAGUGGUGAUCGAGUGCAAACCCCGAGCGGCUCCCAGGCCUCGGUUCACGUGGACAAAGGACAAAGAGCUGCUCUUUAACAAUUCACGCAUUUCCAUCAUGUUUGAUGGGACUCUGGAGAUCCUCAACGCCACCAAAAACGAUGAGGGCACCUACAACUGCUUUGUCGAGAACGACAGAGGAAAGGCCAACAGCUCUGGUUAUCUCACCAUUACAGAGGCGACCAGCAUCACGGAGGCUCCUGAAGACACCGAGGUCAAAAUUGGCGAUGAGAUCAUUCUCAAGUGCACUGCAUCGUACGACCCCAUGCUGGACAUCACCUUCAUCUGGGCCAUGGAUUUCAGAGUCAUCGACUUUGACUCGGAGUGGCAACACUAUGAACGUGUUAUGACUGAAGAUGGCACUGGUGACCUUAAAAUACACAAUGUCCAGGUUUGGCACGAGGGUCGUUACACCUGCACGGCUCAGACGGUUGUGGACAACGAUACGGCGUACGCUGACCUCAAGAUCAUAGGUGUUCCUGGUCCCCCUGGUGUGAUCCGUAUCGAUGAGAUCGGGGACACGUGGGUGAAGCUUUUGUGGAGUAAAGGAUCAGAACAUAACAGCCCCAUUCUUUACUACACCAUUCAGACCAGGCACUACUGGGCUCUGCAUGAGGAUGACUGGAGGGAUGCCAGCACCUCUCCAACCGUUCUUGACGGCAGCUUUGAGAAGGCAGAGGUGACGGACCUGUUCCCCUGGAUGGAGUAUCAGUUCAGGAUCAUAGCCACCAAUGAGUAUGGUUCUGGAGAGGCCAGCAUCCCCUCCCUCAAGGUCAAAACCUGGGAUGCUUCUCCAGUGGUUUCACCCACUGAUGUAGCAGGUUAUGGAGGCAGAAAUGGCGAGAUUGUGAUUACAUGGACACCUGUGGAUCCAUGGUAUUUCGCUGGCAAAAAGUUUGGCUACAUUGUCGCGUUUAAGCCUCACGACGCAUACGACUGGUGGUACGAGACCAUCUCGGACCCUGAGACAAGGCGUUACGUCCACAGAGACUCCUAUUUCAUUCCCACUGAGGAAGACUUCCAGGUGCGGGAGUUUCAGGUGAAGGUCAAGUCGUUUAACGUGAAAGGAGACGGACCUUACAGCCUCACCAAAGUUAUCUACUACCCACGAGAUGUACCUAUAGAGUCUCCGACAGACGUCUAUGCCAGGCCGGUGUCCUCCACUGAAGCCCUGGUGUGGUGGUUACCAGUGGUCGAUACUGGAACAGGCCUGCAGCAGUACAUUGAGGGAUACCAGGUCAAAUACUGGAGAAAGUACGAUGACCCGGAGCCGGGAGCCCAUCGCAUAUUUGUUACAGCUGAAGACAAUACGACCAGGCUGGAGAACAUGCUGCCAGACUCGCACUACCUCAUCGAGGUCCGUGCCUUCAAUGGAGCCGGCCUCGGGCCACCUGGUGAACACUGUGAGAUGUUCACCAAGAGACCUCCACCACCAGAGCCUCCCAGGAUGUGGCGCUAUAUCUCUUGGACAGGAAAGUGGCUGUAUGUGUGGUGGGAUCACAUCUCGUACGACUGGUUUGGCAAUAUUUCCUUCCCACUGUACUACAAGGUCAUGUUCAGAAAGUCAGGCUACAUCUACGGGGAAGUCUACAUCACUGGCUGGCACUUCAUGGACUUCCCCAUGCCUCAGGUUGGUGACUAUGAGCUGAUGGUGCGUGGUCGUUAUGAGGGAGGAGAUGGACCAAUCAGGACGAUUAAGAUUUUGGGCAAAGCAUCGAUGAUCAAACCCUAUCUAAGCCUGGCAUCUUUGGUGCUGCUGGCGCUGUGCAUUGUGGGAUUGGAAAUUUAA